UAUUCAUUAAAGUUUAUAUUUUAUAAUUCAAAAAUACUUUUUAAUAACUAAAUUGUUUUUAUAAAACUUUUUACAAUAGAUUAUUAUAAAAUAUAAUUUGUAAAAUUAUUUACAAUGAGUUCGUCAACAAAUGUCAAUUUAUCGGCAGUUUUGCAUAAAGUACUGGAUCUUAGAGUAGAGUCGACACAAAUGCCGGAGAAGCCGGGAUAUAAUGAAGUAAUAUUGAAGACACUUUGUGUGGGAUUAUGUGGUUCAGACCAUCAUUACUGGAAACAUGGAAAGAUAGCUCACUUCGAGAUCAAAGAUCCACUAAUCCUCGGCCACGAAACAUGUGCUCAAGUGGUUGAAGUGGGACCGGGUGUUCAUCACAUCAAAGUUGGUGAUAGAGUGGCUGCCGAACCAACACUUCCCUGUCGUCUUUGCGAUUAUUGUAAGACCGGUUCAUAUAAUCUUUGUCCAGACGUUAAAUGUCACGGCACGCCUCCUGUCAAUGGGACUCUCAGACAAUAUUUCAAAUACGAUGCAGACUUUUGUUUCAAACUUGAGGACAACAUGACCAACGAAGAGGGGGCUCUUAUUGAACCCAUGGCUGUGGCCGUCCAUUCAUGCAGAAGAGCUAAGGUUUCGGUUGGAAAUUCUGUGCUUAUAUGCGGUUCCGGACCAAUCGGUUUGGUCAACAUUCUGGUGGCUAAACAAUUUGGUGCCACAAAAAUAUUUAUUACAGACAUAAAUGCUGAUCGAUUAAAAGUGGCUGAAAAGUUAGGCGCAGAUAAAACUAUUUUAAUUGAUCCAAAACUGUCUGAUAAAGAAAAUAUAGAUCAAGUUAUGAAAAUAAUUGGCAAACGAGUGGACGCAUCCAUUGAAUGCACUGGAGUUGAAUCGGCCAUCAAAUUAGCGAUGCUUUGCACUAAAAGCGGUGGUAAGGCUGUACUCGUAGGUCUGGGACCUUCUGAGGUGACAAUACCCGUAUCAGAGACAGCACUUCGUGAGGUUGAUGUCAGAGGCAUUUUUAGAUAUACCAAUUGCUUUCCAUUGGCUUCAACAAUGAUUGCUUCGGGUAAAAUAGAUGUAAAACCAUUAGUUUCACAUCAUUUUCCACUCAAAGAUGUUGUCAAAGCAUUUGAAACGUUUGACAGCGGAGUUGGCAUCAAAAUAAUGGUUCAUUUGGAUAAAUAAUAAUAAUAUUGUUAAUACAGUUAUUAUUGCCAUUGCUUUUAAUACAACUUAGAAAUAAACAUAAAUUUAUAUAAAUAUAAAAAUAUAACAUUUUAG